UUACACAGUAGGUACCUAGUAUUUAGCUGUAGUAAUUAUGUACCUAGCUUACUUAUGUAUGUAUUGAAGCCUCUCUCAUCCCGUAUACAUACAUAUGAUGUUAAUAACCCACGCUAAGACUCAUCCGUCACGUGGGGAAGGCACGUAUAAGCGACGUAUAUCAGUACCUCGUACCUCAGGUACAAUUCGGCCGACCGAACCACCGAGAUCAAUUGAUUCUUCGAACCUGCCCAAUUGCAUCAUAGCAUUGGGAACACUUCUAAGCAGAACUCGGGCGGGGUCGCAGUUUGCUUUUUUACCUAUACAAAAUGUACAAACCACAUGAUGCGCCGUAUAGUUACAGAGUACAUAGAUUAAUAAAGACCUUCACGUGUACCUAUCCUCGUAUCUCCCCAGAAGCUUCUGAUCGCGAUGAGCGGAUAAUCAGGUACGGGUACACAAUUAUCACUUGUUUGCCAUCCUAGCAAAACAUCUUCUCUUCUCACCCUCUCUCUAUCUUCGUCUUCAUCCUCACCUCGUGGUUUUUCCCUCCAAGACGUGGAGCUCCUUAUUCUACCGAUAGCUUGUUCAUCUGUUGAAUAUUUAACUAUAUACCUCUUGCCCGCAAUGCCAGACAAGAUCCUUGACGAUAUUUCUCACCGACGCUAUAACCCGUUAAGAGGGUCAUGGCUGCUAGUAUCUCCUCACAGGACCAAGAGGCCAUGGCAGGGCCAGCAGGAAGCGCCGAGUGUCAACAAGUUGCCUGAGUAUGACCCAAAGUGUUACCUGUGUCCUAGAAACCCGCGAGCCCAAGGUGACUCUAACCCCGACUACACCCAAACUUUCGUCUUCGUCAACGAUUACAGCGCCGUGAAGGAGCAGCAGCAAGACUACGAGGCGGAACCCUCGACCGAUGAUCUCUCUUCGCUGCUACUUCGCGCCGAAGGUGUCAAGGGCAAAUGCUUCGUUCUUACCUUCUCGCCGAAGCACCACCUUACCCUAGCCGACAUGUCCUCUCAAGACACGCUUCCGAUUGUCGAAACUUGGACAAGGAUUUACGCUAUCCAUCUCGCGCCGACAAACCCUCUCAGCCAAGUCGCCGCAACGCUUGACCUCUUGAGCCGCGAAGCACCGCCGGAAUCUCUCGUACCUCCGCCGUCGCAGCAGCUGCGAUACAUGCAGAUUUUCGAAAAUAAGGGUGCCGCCAUGGGAUGCUCAAAUCCUCAUCCGCAUUGCCAGAUCUGGACAACCAGCACCUUGCCAGAGGAGCCCGGCGCAGAGCUUGUCAAUAUGGCCAAGUACAGGACCGAGCAUGGAGGACGACACCUCCUCGGGGACUACGUCAAGCUAGAGGCGGAGAAAAAGGAGCGCAUUGUAUAUCAAAACGAGUCGUUCCUAGUGGUCUGUCCAUGGUGGGCGAUCUGGCCAUUCGAAGUCAUGAUAAUUGCCAAGCGGCACGUCCGAGCUCUGGUCGAUUUCACUAAGCAGGAGAGGUUCAACUUCGCCGACGCAAUCCAGGAGGUAACGAGGAGAUACGACAACUUGUUCGAGACAAGCUUUCCGUACAGCUCCGGAAUUCACCAGGCUCCUCUAGACGGAACGGAGGAAGAAAUCGAGAGCAGCUGGUUCCAUAUGCACUUCUACCCGCCCCUCCUUCGAUCAGCUACGGUACGAAAGUUCCUGGUCGGGUAUGAAUUGAUGGCGGAGCCGCAACGAGAUAUCACUCCCGAACAAGCCGCCGCAAGGCUAAGAGAUUGCGCUGGGGAGCUGUACCGUAAAAGGCUUCAAUGAAGAGGAAACGUAACUCGCAGAUUGAUCAGGAGGGACGACUCAAAAUAAACAAUAAAAAAAUAAAAAUAAAAAUAGA